CGUGACUACGUGAGCUUGGGUUUACAAGUCGAAAAAAAAUUGUUCGGACUUCGGCGCUUCGUGAGCGCUUGCUUGAUUGUUAGCGUGUGAAAACAAAUCAGAUUUGCAUUAACUAUUGUGACUGAAAAACCUUUCAAAAAUGUCGUCUAAAUCAAAAAAGAGUGUGUCAUCAUCCACUCAUGUCAGUGUUGUGUCGUCAAUUCAAACACCACCUCAAUCAAGCACUCCUGUUGGUAGCCGCCCUUCCAGUUCAGCCGGCCGGCCAAGCAGCCCGUUGAGCCCUACAAGGCAUACUCGUCUCCAGGAAAAAGAUGCAUUACAAAACCUUAACGAUCGCCUCGCGGCCUAUAUCGACAAAGUUCGACAGUUGGAAAGCGAGAAUUCAGGCUUGCGUCGGGAGAUUCAAACAACACAGGAGGUCAUCACCCGCGAGGUCUCCAAUAUAAAGGGCAUGUACGAGCAUGAACUGCAAGAUGCAAGGAAGCUUUUAGACGAUACUUCCCGGGAGAAAGCUAAAUUGGAAAUCGACCUAAAGAGGUUAUACGAGGAAAACGAUGACCUCAAAAAACGUUUGGAUAAGAAGACAAAGGACUGGCAGCAGGCAGACAGCACUGCUCGUCACUACGAGACCCGCUUCACUGAGGAGAGCAACAAGUACAACAAUGCCCUCGCUGACAAGAAGAAAGCUCAGGAUGAGGCCAGGGAGCUGGCAAAGGAGCUGGAGAAGCUGCGCAAGGUGUACGCCGACACGCGCAAGACCCUGGAGGAGGAGAUGCUGUGCCGCAUCGACAUGGAGAACACCGUGCAGAGCCUGCGCGAGGAGCUCUCCUUCAAGGACCAGGUGUUCCAGCAGGAGUUGCAGGAGACGCGCACCCGGCGCCAGGUGGAGAUCACCGAGAUUGACGGACGCCUCGCCCAGCAAUAUGAGGCCAAACUACAACAGAGUCUGCAAGAACUGCGUGAACAACAGGAGGCCAAUAUAAAGGCAAACCGUGACGAAAUAGAAGCUCUCUAUGAGAACAAGAUGAAGAACCUGCAGUCGGCCGCCAACCGCAACAACAGCGCCGCCACGGUGGCGGUGGAGGAGCUGCGCACCAUGCGCACGCGCAUCGACUCGCUCAACGCCACGCUCAACGACCUGGAGAACAAGAACGCUGCGCUGAGCAACCGCUGCCGCGAGUUGGAGCGCCAGCUGGAGUCGGAGCGCGCGCGUCACGCCGAGGACCUGGCGUCGCUGGAGCAGGAGCUGGCGCGCCUGCGCGACGAGAUGGCGGCGCAGCUGCGCGAGUACGCCACGCUCAUGGACAUCAAGAUCUCGCUCGACCACGAGAUCGCCACCUACCGCGCGCUGCUCGAGGGCGAGGAGGACAGAUUGAACCUGACAUCGCAGUCCCCCGGGCGGGAGUCCCGCGCGUCCAUGAGCGCUUCAGCCAGCGCCAGCGGCGGUCGCGUGACGCCCGGUCGCCGCGGCACGCCGCUGCGCGCCGCACGCAAGCGCACCUUCCUUGACGAGAGCGAGGAGCGCAGUCUCCAGGACUUCAGCGUCACCGCCAGCGCCAAGGGGGACUUGGAGGUGGCUGAGGCCUGCCCCGACGGCAGCUUCGUCAAGAUCAGGAACAAGGGGAAGAAGGAGCAAAGCCUCGGCGGGUACCAGAUCAUCCGCAAGGCGGGCGACCAGGAGACGGUGUUCAAGUUCCACCGCACCGUGAAGUUGGAGCCCGGCGCCGUGGCCACCGUGUGGUCGGCCGACGUGGGCGCUGACCACGACCCGCCGCGCGACAUCGUCAUGAAGGGGCAGAAGUGGUUCGUGGCCGACAGCUUCACCACCACGCUGUUCAACAAUGACCAGGAGGAGGUGGCAGUGUCGGAGAGACAACGGCGACAGAUCAGCACGAGCGCACAAAGACACCGCGAGAUGGCGCACAAAUUCCCUCGCCGUGAACAGCUCGGAGAGAUUCGCGAAGGGGAUGAGAAUUGCCGCAUAAUGUAACGUACGCCGGACAAUGCGUCGCGUACACACCGACGUGAAAAUUUUUAUUACAUGGUGCCUCACCACUCCUUAGGUUACAAUUUCGCCCUACGGGCUAACUCCUACCACGAUUACUUAAAACAAGUAUUAUUCUGGGCACGAGGACUGUGGUGUCUCUAUAGGGGGUAAGAUUGGUGAGAUGAAAUUAACCUAUUGUAAUCUAGGUAACCCAAUUCUUGCCCACCUAUCUUGACAUUGCUGUACCUUGAAUUUUUUAAUUCUAUCAAAAUUUCACAUCACUAAAUCUUAACACGCUAUGUAGUAAAUUAAAGGUUUGACAAAUCUUCACUGCCAUACAAGGCAUUUCCUCUGCACAAGCUCAGACUUUGUGAACAAAGUACAAACAUUAUUCGUUCACCGUCACUAUUAAUAAGUAUAGAUUAUAAUUAAUACUUACGUAAUAUCCCCACCCAUUAUUUUGCACUAGAUGGAUAAUAUUUUCAGUCAUUAAUAAAAAAACAUAUUUCACAAUAUAACAUUAGUAGAUUAAAUCUACUCAAUUCUCUAUUUUUUUUUGUAGUAAUUAUGGACUAGUUAUAUUAGAUUUAAGAUAGAAUUGACGUAUCACACCCAUUGUCAAUUUGUGCUGGUCGCUCAUGGGCCAUUAUCGCCUGAAUUUCUAAAACGUAUGCAGUGUUACUCUAUACCAGAGGUUCCCAAACUUAUUUUUGUCAUAGACCACUGACACAAUUUUGCUGGUCCCGGUGGACCCCCUGCUACAAUUCUACAUAAAAUCUUUCCUUCCGAACAGAUAGUAGUUGGAACAAAUAGACAGAACUGACGUUUCAAAAAUGCUUCUAAACUAGACUUAGUUUGAGAUAAAUUGAUUUAGAUUUUUUUAAAUUUGUGUUGCGGCUGAAUCAACAGCCACCUUGAACUAUUCGGAAAAGAAGAAAAUGAGAAUUGAUUACUUAAGAGCAAAGUUUGCCAAUCAAAAAAGUAAUUCCAACCAACUUUACUUUUUGAUAUCCACAUAUGUGCAAGGAAUCAAUCAUUCCACACUUAUGUAUUUUAUUUCGAAAACUCCUCAUUCAGUAUGAAACCACAAUAAAACAAGAUAAAUUUUCGUGGACCCCCACUUAUGAAUUGUAAACCCCUAUUUUUUGGUGACGCUGACGUAGACCCCGAGGAGUCUCCCAUGGACCCCUGGGAGUACACCUGGACCACUUUGGGAAUCAAUGCUCUAAACAUUGACAGGAACACUUCAAUUUUUUAGUAGUUUUAUUGCGUUUAUGCGUAUUAUAACAGUGUCAAGCGAUAUUUGCCAAUGUACGAUCAGCUUUAGAUUAGACAGCAUUUGUCAUAAUAUUAUUGAAUGCCAUUUUUAUAUUAACACACAAAUACAGGUGCAAGUCUCAAAUGAACAGAAUUUUCAUUAUUAAGAAUCAUGAGAUGUAUUAAGAGCAUUUAUGAUAAUAAAUUAUGGCACUGAUGGGUUGUCAUUAUUUUUAAUUAAUCUAAUAUAUUUAUAGUAUAACGACUAUUGAAGUAUAAAAUUAUAUUAGGUUAAUACUAUUUUCACAUGGUGGUAUUCUAUUAGAAGAGGACAGAAUCUGAUUUGGUUUCACUAUUUUUUUUUUGUUUAAGAUUGAUCAUGUGACUUUAUUUUCAACCCAGAUAACAAAAUUAUGUAAUAAUUUCCAUGUGUAAAUUACUUAUAAAAUAAAGGUUUAUAUAGGUUUAA